AGAUGAUAGGUCUCCUCAUGGCAGCUCGCGUACUCAUCGUUCCCGGCAAUGGCUGUACACCGAUAGCUUCCUGCAACUGGUACAAGUGGCUGCAUGACGAGCUGGAGAAGUCAGGAGUGUCAUGUGCCAUGAAGGACAUGCCUGAUCCCUUCGAAGCCAAGGAGAGAAUCUGGUUGCCCUUCAUGAAGAACGAGCUGGGGGCAGACGAGAACAGCAUCAUAGUCGGCCACAGUUCAGGGGCCGAGGCAGCCAUGCGGUUCAUCGAGGAGCACAGGGUGAGGGGAGUCGUGCUAGUCGCCGCAUGCCACACAGACCUCGGGCUUCCUUCCGAGGCGAUCAGCGGGUAUUACAACAGACCCUGGAAUUGGCAGCAGAUGCGCGACAAUGUCAAGUUCGCGUCCCAGUUUGCAGAUCAGCAGGACCCGUUCAUCCCCUACGGAGAAGCACAGCACGUGCACGAGAACCUCAAGACAGAGCUCCUGUCGAGCAAUCGGGGCGAUCACUUCAUGGUCAACAAGUUUCCCGAGCUGUUGCAGCAUGUGCUGAGCAAGGCCAGGGAGGGGUGAGGACGGAGAUGUAGUUUACAAGCGAGGGAGGG